AUGGCAUACGUAAAUUUUCGUGAAAAAGCCAUAGAAAUCUCGAAAAAAGCUACUGAAGAAGAUGCAAAGGAAAACUAUGAACAAGCUUAUAAAUUAUAUCAGACCGCCCUAGAAUACUUUAUGGCUGCAAUAAAAUAUGAUGAAACUGAAAAAAAAGUAGAGUUUGAUUCUGUAGCAACGGCUUUCGCAAGAUAUGAUUUUCCGGUUCCAGGAG